AACAACCGUAUGAAAAAUAAUUUAAAUCCAUUUUAUGACUCACAUUAAUUUUAAUAUACUCCAUUAAACACGUUUAGUUCAUUUUACUGUCGUAAGAGUCAAUAGCAAAAUUACUCCUUUCGAGUAAACGUUGCCAUAUAGAAAACAUUAUUUUAGAUAAAGCUCUUUUUUGGUGGGGGUUGGGGGUGGCGGGAGCUGCAGUAGCCGUGGGUCUAUCAUUAUUCCCAAAUUUUCCACGCUAUUGCUCAUUUGUGCGUAGGUGUCUGCCGCGGCCUAUUAAUUUCUCCUCACAAAACUGAGUUUGGUAGCAAACUAGAGUGUCUGUUAAAGAGCAAAUAGUGAAUAUUAAAAAAAAUCAAGACAAGUAAACAGUGACAAAGCAGUGAAGUGAAUAUCAAACAUACGCAAUGCCUCUGUGUAAAAUAAUGAUAAAAGGUACGGGACAAACUGGUAUAUUCAACGAAGAAACGCUGCUUGACUUGAAAAAUAAAAUUUCUCAAAGAUUCCUGGCACCUGUCGAUCUCCUAGAGCUGCAUAGCGACGGAUUUCCUGUUGUGUGCGAUGACGACUUUUUGUGCCUGAGUAUCGUUGCUGGUCCUUUAACAUUCACUGUCACUAUCCUUGAAGGCCGUGAACGCUACAAUGACCAUAGAGGCCUACCAGAUUUGGGCAACGAAUUAGAUCCAGAACCAUCAACGUCUGAGACUGGGAUCGAUAUAUCUUUAGAGGAUUAUUACCCGAUUCGCGACAUAAUUCGUGAAAACGGGUGGGAUAAAAGCCGCGUUGAUGCUUUCUUAUGCCGCUUAGAUGCCGAGGACGCGGAGCUCAGUAAAAAGGAUCGUUCUGCUAUUAAUAUUGCAGUCGGUAAAUGGCUCUACAAACAUAAGGGAAUGAAUGGCAUGCCAAAGCCAGCAGAAUUUGACAUGGCUGCCAAGUCGAUUGUAGCGCAUUUUCCGAUAGCAAAGGAUGCAUCAAGCACUGCCGAUAACAUCAUUCACUCUUCGUGGUAUGAUGUAAAUACAAACGUUGGACGUUUAUCAAAUUACGUCAGGGAUCGCAGAUCCAAUAAUAAGAAUAAAGGGGCUCAUUGUAAGGAGCUACAAUAA